GGGAGCAGCCCCCGGGCGGGCGGGCCUGUCUCUUCUUGGUGCCUGAGUCUCGCGGGUGCUGCGCCCAGGGCCCGGCGGAGGUGCGGCCUGAUUCGCUUGCACUGCUGCUGCGGCAAGCCCCAGGUUCGCCCGACCACCUGGGGACUGGGAGUCUCACGGUGCAGCGGCCACGAUUCCUGGAGGGAGAUACAGUCAGCUUCUUUGAAGAAUCAUGAAGUCAUACUAUGUGGUGCUUCCUCUAGCCUUCCUGACAUUCCUGCUGUGGCUUCCUGUGUCCCUGAGCUGUAACAAAGCCCUCUGCGCCAGUGAUGUGAGCAAAUGUCUCAUUCAGGAACUAUGCCAGUGCCGGCCUGGAGAAGGAAAUUGUUCCUGCUGUAAAGAGUGUAUGCUGUGUCUUGGGGCCCUUUGGGACGAGUGCUGUGAUUGUGUUGGUAUGUGCAAUCCUCGAAAUUACAGUGACACUCCUCCCACUUCAAAGAGCACAGUAGAGGAGCUGCAUGAGCCUAUCCCAUCCCUUUUCCGGGCACUCACAGAAGGAGACACCCAGUUGAAUUGGAACAUCGUUUCUUUCCCUGUUGCAGAAGAACUUUCACAUCAUGAGAAUCUGGUUUCAUUCUUGGAAACUGUGAACCAGCCUCAUCAUCAAAAUGUGUCUGUUCCUAGCAAUAAUGUUCAUGCACCUUAUUCCAGUGAUAAAGAGCACAUGUGUACAGUGGUUUAUUUUGAUGACUGCAUGUCCAUACAUCAGUGUAAAAUAUCCUGUGAGUCCAUGGGAGCAUCCAAAUAUCGGUGGUUUCAUAACGCCUGCUGUGAGUGCAUUGGUCCAGAAUGUAUUGACUAUGGUAGUAAGACAGUCAAAUGUAUGAACUGUAUGUUUUAAAGAAGGAAAAGAAAUGUAAGUAUGAAGCAACUUAGUCAGAAAGAGAGGUAUAAGUAUGAAAGAGAGAAUCUACUCGCAUCAGAAUGACAACAGGUUAUGAAAAUGUAAAGAAUUUGGAAUGAGUUACCUUUAAAGUAUAAUAUAUCCAAGGAUGUCUUCAGUUACAUGAUUAUAGCUGCUCUUGUUCGGUUUAUUGCCCACUAGUAACAUAUCUUUACCUUUGGAUACAUGUAAAACUUUGGUCAUAAGAGCAACAGGUACACAGAGAAUUCCUAAAAGAUCUGAGUUUUUAACAUAAAGCCUUGAUCUUUUCUUCAGUACACAAAAGCUUUCUGUUUUGAAAAUUAUAGCAGAAAACUGUUAAUAUGAGCUAAGAUUUCCUCGCCUGCUAUUGAAUAUGUCAUUCUUCAUUGGUGCCUUGUAGUGUUUAUUUUAUAAGUAUAGUAGAUAUUCAGGUAUCAUUACUGUGACAAUUCACAUAAAAAUUACCAUAAGAAGCUUAAACAUCUUUACAUUGGUUUUAAAAAGUAAAAGCUUACUAUGUUUAAAAUUUUAGAAAAAGCUUAUGUAGUAGGAGCUAUCCCAUAAUACAUACGCUGACAGUGCUUUACUGAAAAUUUGUCAUUUUCUUCCAUUCCCUUCCUGAAGUGCUGAUAUAGAGUCAUUUCUGAAUGAAUUUCAGGGUAUAUUACGCCUUUGAAGCUACACUAAAUACAUGUGAGAUUAGGUGAGUAGCCAAGUGAGGCAUGUGUUUGAACUAAGAUGCCAGCUUUAAGAGCAGUAGAGCUGGGGAAUGACUGCCAAAUUGGAUUCCACAUAGGUCCCAAGGGAAGAACUUAUAGUCCUAUAGGGAGCAGCAUAGCUAAAGGGUGAAGAUGUACUGGGGGAAGAAACUGGCCCAGCAUUAACAAGUUGGUGCCUGGUUCUGUAGACAGUGUGUGAUCAGAGGGAAACUGAAGAUGUAUGUGUCAACUAGAGUGAAAAUGCCGGGAGCUGUAAAAGGAACAACUUACAACUAUUUAUGUUAAUUGUUUUGGUCAUUUUGUAAUUUUUCAUUUAGUAAAUUUCUAUCUGGAUAUGA